CUUCCCCAGAGUCCGAUCAAAAAAUCAUUAUCCUCAGGACUUUCUCUUUGCUCCCAGUAACUCAUUCGGGAUAUUGACACAUAGCCACGAUGUCCGCAUCCAGACUUGUCCACCGCUUUGUGCGGCCAUCCGCAUCUUCCCUCUCGUUUACCACAACGACCACUUUUGCCCGUCGCUCUUUCGGCAACUCGGCUGUUCGUCUCAACGGCGAUAGCGCCGUGAAGGAUCGCGCGCCCUCGACCGCGCCCCAGCACCGAGAGAACCAGAUCAACAAGCCCCACAACCCCAAUGUCCCCAACACGACCUCUACGAUGACCAAGGACUUCCCCAAGGUGGGCGCCAAGUCCGCGCCGCCAGACCUCGUGGGCGCCGUCGACCCGAACUACAAGCCGGCGGACCCGUACCCCGGCAAGGUCGAGCAUUUCACCGGAGGGCGCGAGGAGACCGGGGCCCAGAAGCCGGAGCUGGGUGUCGGCGAGAUGGAGGGUAUCACCUUCCGGGUUGAGCCUCUCCGCCGAUCGGGCGAGGAUGUAACGACCAUGCGCGCUCGGUUAUUGUAUCAGAGCCGAAAGCGCGGCAUCCUCGAGUCCGACCUGCUGCUGUCGACCUUCGCCGACGUCUACCUGGGCAAGAUGGACCAGGCGCAGCUGCAGGAAUACGACCGCUUCCUCGAUGAGAACGACUGGGAUAUCUACUACUGGGCUACGCAGGACCCCCCAGCCGAUGGCGGGGAGCAGUCCCCUUCGUCCACGGCCCAGGGGGCCCAGGAUACCGUCACCGAGACCUGGAAGCAGACUGGAGCCAAGAGCGGCGAGUGGGCGCAGACCGUGGGCGCCUACAAGGCUGCUUACCGGCCCGUGCCGUCGCGGUGGAAGGAGUCGAAGGUGCUGGAGCUGCUCCGGGCGCAUGUGCGCGAUAACAGUGCCACGGGCUUCCAUGCGGCCAAGAGUAAGAAGACCGGGGGUGCUGGGUUGGGAAGGAUGCCAAAUGUGCAGGUGUUUAACUAGAGGAGAGUGAGGCUUGCGUGUACUAUAUAAAAUGAAGGUGCGCUAGGACUGAUAUUCUGAGUAUGUAUAUUACGUUGGUAGUCGGAAUUGAACACUGCAUGUAAACUG